GACGUCGUUUAUUUACCGGGACAACUGCGCACGACCUUCCACUUCCUGUUCUCUCUUUUAGAAAUCUAAAACAUAACGUUUAGCGAGAUAACUAGCUAGAAUACCAAAAAAUUAUAUGUUCCGUUGAGAAAAACGCUAGCUAAAAUCCGACAUGGCCCUACAGAAAGUAUGGACGUCGAAGAGUGUUUUAAACAGAUGUCUACAAGAGAUUGUUGCUCAGAGUCAUUUCCUUUGUGUAUCGAGUUUACACACAACAACCACUCAGCACAACUCCAACAAGACAUCAAUUGUACGAAGCAGUCGACAGAAGUAUGAACGGUUGUAUCCACUGUUGCUCGUACAACCCGAUGGUUCCACAAUUAACAUUAGGUACAAAGAGCCCAAGAGGAUACUCAUGAUGCCUGUGGACAUCAGUACACUCUCAGAGGAAGAAAGGAAAAUGAGAAUGCGGAAGCGGGAUCCCAGGAAGGGAGCUGUUAAGCAGAAGACAGUGGAAUUCGAAGAUGAUUUCAAAGUGGAUGAUUACAGCAAGUUUUGGAAGAAGUGAUAGAGUCUGUUGUAGCUAUUUAACUUUGACUAUUCUGCCAAUCAGGGUUUUCGGUUAGCCAACAAUUGUCAGCUUUUGGAAAACAAAUUAAUCAAUGAAAAGCUGUUAAAUAAAACUGUUGCAGUCCAAAAAAACUCC